AAGAAUCCGAAUCUAGUACUCGGACCCAGGUAACCCGUGGAUUGAAAGUUUCUUCUUCUUCUUCUUCUUCACCUGUCUCCAAGAUUCCUUAAACCCUAAAAAUCCAUGUCGAUGAUAACUCUUUCAAGACUCUUUUCGCCUAACCCAUCUCUCAAAACUCCAUUUAAAUUUAAACCCUCUUUUCAAAAGCCAUCUUUCUUUACUCCCACUCUGAACCAUUCAAUCCCAUUUUACCCUUCUUUAGAUAAAGCUAACCCCUUCAAGCUUCAAGGAAAACGCCUGCCUUUUGGGAAGAAUCUUGGGGUCACAUUCGACAAUAAGAGAAGUUUUGGGCUUUUUGCUAAGGCUGAGGAGAAUGAGGAAAUGGAUAAAGCUGAAUUGGAGGCUAGAGGGCAGAGUACCAUGCCUGAUAGGUUCAGACCCUUGACUAAAGAAGCUCCCGAUAAGCCAAUCAGAUGGCCUUGGUUUAUAGCAUUGGCUUUUGCACUUUAUGCCUGGAGAACUGUCUUGUGGGAAUUGUCCAACUGGAAGAAGGCUGUGGCAGCUAUCUUCCAAUUCCUUGGAUACAUCUUAAAACUCGCAUUAGCCCUUGUAUUCCAUUUUAUAGGGGAUCCAAUUACAUCCUUGAUUAGAGGUAUUGAGACUACAUUUUACACCAUUCGAGCAUCCUACUCCUGGGUGAUUGCAUAUGCUCCUAUUCCAGAGCUUUCAACAGUUAUCGUCCUGUCAUCAGCCGUACUUGCUAUCUCUGAAGCGACUGUUCCUGACUCUGUAAAUAGCCAGCCAUACAUGCUCACGUUAGCUGGAUUAAUCGGUCUUGCUGCUGUUAGGAGCUACAUUUCUGAGCUAUUCUUUUGGAUAUUACUUUUGGGUUUGUUUAGUUUUUCUCGUUUUGUUAAGAAGAGAGAUUAUGUCUCUUCUGCAUUGCCUGCGGCAGCUGUUUUAGCUGGUGUGGGAGAACCUUGGAUUAGAAUCAUAGUGCUGGCCUCAUAUCUGGCACUGGCCAUCAUUCAACAUUCAAAGCAACGUUCAGAUGGCAAAGAAAAUGAGGUUACUGGACCAGUUAGGAGAGUUCCAAUUCCUCUUCUUUGUGCUGCAUUGGCAAUUGGUCUCCGCGUUGCCGCUAAAUGGGCUGGAUAUAGACACCUGACAUGGAUGAUUGCUUGACUAACAGGUCUGCUUAUCCUGAUUUCAGCGCUGAGACCAUAGAAUUUGCUCAUCAAAUUGUAUAGCUGGGAUAAGAUUUUGUACUUUCCCCACAUUAUCCCAUUACUUUUGUAACUUGUUUCCUAUAUUCUGCCACAGCAAGUUCACUAAAUUCACAACUUUAGAAGAUGUCAUAUGGUUUGACAGUCAAAAGUGGUUGCCCUCAAUUCUUCUUUAAA